AGCUGCUGGUAGCGUGGAGCUGAAACCAGACACAGGCAGCGAGGAGGUCGCUGUGGUAGUUUGUUUUUUUAGUAAAAGUUACAGAAAACUCGCAGGUGAACGAGCCCAGCGUGUGUUGUGUACAUGGUGGCUGACUACAGACUCUGAGGUAACUACUUGUUGAUAUGAAACGGUCGAUCUGAGCGGAAAACAACAACAUUUAGCUCGCUGACUUCUGCAUGGUCGCUAGCUAGCUAACAGUUAGCUUCGGGAGCUACUUGGCUAGCUUUGGCUAGCGAGGUCCAGCCCAAAAAAAAGUUGUUUACCCCAAGUUGUGGAUGUGGUCUCCCCCCGAGCUUUUCACGACCUUUCUCUGGGAUAAGAGAGCAAGGACCAAAUAUUCACACUGGAUUUAACACUGUGUGCUGUUAGGAAACUAGCAGGAUGUCCACAGAGGUUGAGUGCAGUCAGGUUGGCUCGGGUUUGACAGCGGCCAGCAGCAGCUCCAGCGGAGUGGAGGAGAAGAACCAAAACAAGUCCGAGGGGGCUCCAGAGCCAGAGGAGAAGCCGCAGAGGGGCUCGGAAAAGCAGCCAGCAGACGAGGCUGCAAAGAGCCCGACGGACACGCACAAGAAAUGCAAAGAAAACGAUAAAGAAAAUGACCAAAGCAGCAACGCUGACUCGGCUGUCGAGGCGGUGAAGAGGAAAGUUGUGGAAGCUCCUCCGCCGAAAGUCAACCCGUGGACUAAGAGGACCACGGGCAGGGUGCCGAGCAACAACAUCAAUACACAAGAGAAAGAUCAACAAAACACUCUGAAAGUCGUCCGUGCCAGCAAGCCCAGAACGAGAAAAUCCAGCAAGUCAAGUGACUUCAGCGAUAUCACAAACUGGCCCACACCUGGUGAACUGGCCAAAGAGCAGCAACAAAAUGUCCUCAACAACAACGGGAAGAAGCCUCCCUCCUCACGCAGAGAGAAGGAGAAGAGGAGGGAUCGGAUGGAGAGAAAGUCAGAGAGCAGCCAUGACGGCGGCGAGAGCAAAGAGAACCAGGAGGCUCAGCCGGACCCGCUGGGAGAGCUGCCCAAAGACGGCGAGUCCAAGUCGGGACAGGACGCCAAGAGCGCCGCGCUGAAGAAGAGGGGAGGUGAGGGUAACAAACGUAAGUGGGUUUCUCUGCCGCUGGAGGAAGCGUCCCGGGACGACGGCGACAAGAUGCACGGCGGGGGUCCCGCACGCUCGGACACAGAGCCCACCGGCACCUCCCCCGACCCCACGUCUCCCAAUCACACACUCCAUAAUAACAGGGCGCAUGAUAGCAGCAGGAGUUGGAGAAGGGAGCCACGGGACUUUGGGGACGAUAACGCCAGCGUCAGAAGCGAAGGCGGGAGCGUUCAUGGAGGAAUACGAGGCCGAGGGAAAGGUCGUGGGCGCGGGAGAGGCCGCGGUCGAGGCCGUUAUGAAUACUCUCAGAACUUCCGGGACUCUCAGUCGUCUGACGGCUCCGUUCAGGUCCCGUCAGAGUUCGGCACCAACAUGGUUUACUACUACGAUGACGGCAACAAGGUCCAGAUGUACACAGUGGAUGAAAAGCUUCUUAAAGAAUACAUCAAACGCCAAAUUGAGUACUACUUCAGCCUCCACAACCUGGAGCGAGACUUCUUCCUGAGGAGAAAGAUGGACGCCCAGGGCUUCCUCCCCAUCUCCCUCAUCGCCAGCUUCCACAGAGUGCAGGCCCUCACCAUGGAUAUCAGCCUCAUCAUGGAGGCCCUGAAGAGCAGCAAAGAAGUGGAGCUUGUGGACGACAAGGUGCGCUGUAAAAUCGACCCGGAGCGCUGGCCCAUCCCCACCCCGACCAUCGUGGGUUCCCCUCGAACCGACUUCUCCCAGCUCAUCAACUGUCCUGAGUUCGUUCCACGACAGACACUUAAUUCCACAAACUCUGCUUCGUCGCCUGUGAAGGAGACUCCUCCCGAGUCUGCUGAGCCUCAGGACUCAGCUGAACCCAGCUCCUCCAGUCAGGAGUCGCUCCCAGCCAAAGACGCCCCCAAGCCUGACCCCGACGCCUGGAUCCAGGUGGAGAAACGCCACCGACAGCCCUCCGGAAAGGAGCGCAGCAAGACUUCUCCACGCAGCCUCCAGGCUCCUUCGCAGGCCUUGCCCGACCAGGAGGAGCUGGACUUCCUGUUUGAUGAAGAAAUGGAGCAGCUAGCGCCCAGAAAGAACAAGUUCACCGACUGGUCAGACGAGGACGACUCUGACUACGAGCUGGAUGACCAGGAUGUCAACAAGAUCCUCAUCGUCACCCAGACCCCUCCUUACAUCCGUAAGCACCCCGGGGGCGACCGCACGGGCAACCACGAGUCCCGAGCAAAGCUCACCACCGACCUCGCUAAAGCCAUCAACGACGGACUGUUUUACUACGAGCAGGACCUGUGGAAGGAACCGGAACAGGUUGAGAUCAGCAAGCAGGAAGUUGAGAACUUUAAGAAACUGAACGUCAUCACUCAGGAUGAGUUUGAAACACUCACCCCCAAAGUGCCCGUUGACCCGAACCAGGAAGUCCCGCCUCUGCUAAGUCCAGUGGACAGCGGAGCAGACUUGUCCCGCUCUCUGCCGACGACGGUCCCAGAGUCCCCCGUCGUCCACCAGCCCCGAACCCCCAGAACGCCUCGCACCCCCGGACGCCAGGACCCCAACAAGACGCCUCGCUUCUACCCCGUCAUGAAGGAGAGCGGCACCAUCGACGGACAGACGCCGAGGAAGAAGAAGACCCGCCACAGUUCGAACCCUCCGCAGGAAGCCCACAUCGGCUGGGUGAUGGACUCCCGUGAACACCGGCCGCGCUCCGCCUCCAUCAGCAGCUCCAACGCCUCCCCAUCAGAAGGAGCUCCGCUGUCAGGAAGUUACGGCUGCACCCCACAGUCUCUGCCCAAGUUCUGGCAUCCAUCCCACGAGCUGCUGAGGGACAACGGCUUCACUCAGCAGGGAUACCACAAGUACCUCCGACGGUGCCUUAACGAGAGGAAACGGUUGGGGAUCGGCCAGUCUCAGGAGAUGAACACUCUGUUCAGGUUCUGGUCCUUUUUCUUGAGAGACAACUUCAACAGGAAGAUGUAUGAGGAGUUCAAACUGCGCGCAGUGGAAGACGCCAAAGAAAACUACAGGUACGGACUGGAGUGUCUCUUCAGAUACUACAGUUACGGUUUGGAGAAGAGAUUCAGGUUAGAUCUGUUCAAGGACUUUCAAGAAGAGACUCUCAAGGACUUUGAAAAAGGUCAGCUGUAUGGACUGGAGAAGUUCUGGGCCUUCUUAAAAUACUCUAAAAUAAAGAACCAGCCGAUCGACCCAAAGCUGCAGGAACACCUCUCCCAGUUCAAGAACCUGGAGGACUUCAGGGUGGUGCCCCCGAUGGGAGAGGAGGGAGGCAGAAGGAGACGUCACUCAUCCUCGGCUGGGGAUGAAGGGAGGCGUCGGCGAAAUCCUUCCAACACUACCUCAAAACCCACGCAGGCGUCCAAAGCCUCCACCGCCACCGCUGCCCCCGCCACCGCCGCUGCUGCUGCACAGAACACACCCAAAGACAAGGCCCAAAAAACAGCCGCUGCCGCCCAGGGGAAGAAGACAGAGCCUGGAGCAGCCAAGAAGGAAAGUGCUGCACCAAAUAAAUGAAGCUCCCUCCUGCAAGUGUGGGUUUGGAUAGAAGAGUCGUGGAGCGAGGCGACAUCGGCGGCGGCAGCUCUGAGAUCAGCGUUCGCUCUUUUCAGCAGCAAAAAACGUUUUGGUAUGAAGAGAGACUGAGCGUGGUUGACUUAAUUUGAUUGUUUUUAUCUGUGCAUUUCAUUUUUAAAAGCAAGCGUAGGCAGUGAGCUUGAAUCUGUACGCCUGACAGCUCGUAACGUUUACAAAAAAACAAAACAAAAAAAUGCAUUCCCUGCAUUUUGCCUUCUUUUUUUUUUUUUUCUUCUCUCAGAUGCCAAAACUCUUCAACACGUUUGUUGAUCACAAUCUGUAAAGAGCUCUGGUCUGUGCGGAGCUCUCUGCCUGUUGAACUGUGAUUCUAGUUGCCAAGUUAAGAGAAAUAGCAGAUAGUCUUGUGUGCCUUAAAGCCCAGAGGGCGAUUGGAGACAUUACAGUCCAGAUUUCACUUCUUAAAGUCUUCCCUUUGAUCAUUUUGGUUAAAACUGACACCACUUGCAGUUUUUUUUUCUUUUUCUUGAGAGAUAAAGAUCUUGACAAUCAAGUUGACAGCUGCAGUCAUAAAUUCGUGAAGGACCCCAAGGCUGCUUUUCAUUAACACAACGUGCCCUGACGUUUUCACCGACGGGUAUAAUCUCAUCACAAUGUUGUUGUUGUUUUUAAUUAAAUGACAUCUUUACGUGGGAAGCUUUACUUUUUAAGUCCCAUUUUACACCCAGAGGUAGUAUAAUUUAUUGUUUUUAUUUUUACUUGAUUUGAUGAAAUAGUCUUAGGUAAUCAUUGCAGUUUUUAAUGGCUUUUGCUAUUGAAUAUUAUAAAAAAAAAGGAAAUGUUUGUUGCUGGAAUUAUGGGUGUGAAGCUAGCAUCAUAAAACUACAAUAUAUUUUAGCUUGAAGUUUACUCCAUAUUAUGUUUGAGGCUUUGGUGCUUUAGAGCACUUAAAUCAUUAACUUUCCUUUUACUUCAUCGAUGAACUUAAAAAAAGAGGUUAUAGAGUUGAAUUUAAAGAAAAAAAUGUAAAUACUAUAAAAAAUCAUUUGCUAUUCAAUUUUUCUUUUUUGAUUUUAAGAAUUGAUUUAUCGGUAGUGUGGUUUUGAGUGUGAUUUUAGGUUAAAGCAAUGCAUGUUAAUGCCACAGUUCUUGAAUUGUAAAAUGCAAAAAAAUAUAAAAUAACAGUUGAUUGUA